UAUGCUCUGAUAUAAGGAUUUUGUUGAAACAACGUAUUUGUAUUCAGCGUGUAAGCUUGAAGGUCAGUGCACUUAGAUCAUACCAAUUGUCCGAACUUUGUACUGCUCACCGCCGUAUAUUGUUAUCAGCAAGCGUUUACCUAUUUCGCUGUGAGAUAGACUCGGCAUUUACUUGUCAUUAUCUUCCAAAAUCAUGGCGAGUUCUAGGGUCUUAUUUCUCGGUGUAGAGCAUGACCCAUGUUGCGUUAUUGAACGGGGCGUGAUCCCAGCAAUAACGGAGGGGGAAGUACUGGUCAAGGUACGGUUGGCUACAGUGUGCGGCUCUGAUCUUCAUACCUUGAAUGGGAAACGCAAAGUCGCAACGCCCUGUGUCCUUGGGCAUGAAGGGGUUGCCGAAGUUGUAGAAGACAGAAGGAACUCCAGUGCCGGACGGCUGUCACCUGGCGACCGUGUUACAGUCGCCAUGGCGAUAUUCUGUGGAAAAUGCGACACAUGCAAACUUGGUCUUGUACAAAAAUGUGACCACCGGUUCAUAUACAGCUUUGCUGACAUCAAGAACGGCACCGGUUUCAAUGGGUUUUAUGCUACCCACAUGGUUCUCAGAAAGGGGUCUCACAUCGUGAAAAUCCCCGACCACGUCUCGGAUCGAAUGGCAGCGCCAGUGAAUUGCGCAUUGGCGACAAUGGUAAAUGCUGUUCAUGCGAUAGAAGAAAGCAAACAUAACAAUAUUGCAGUGGUACAGGGUGCUGGACUCCUAGGACUCUAUGGGACUGCAUUGCUGAAAGAGUGUGGUUAUCGUAAAGUCUACUGCACAGAUAUCAGUGAAGACAGGCUGAAGUUAGUUACUCAUUUUGGUGGAAUACCAUAUUCUGCUAAUUCAGGUGCACCGCCAGUGUUGAAAGCUAAUUCCGUGGAUGUUGUGAUCGAAGUGUGCGGAUCGUCUGAAGUGGUCCCGGAGGGAAUCCGACUGCUCCGGCCUGGUGGCACUUACGUAUUUGUGGGAAUGGUGCACCCUAUGUCAAAACUCAGUGAUGUCACAGGAUGGGAUAUUAUAGGAAAGUGUUUAAGUAUUAAAGGUGUUCACAACUACGGUCCAAAGCACUUGGAUGAGGCGGUUGACUUCGUGGCCAAAACUGCUGGUAAAUACCCCUACGAGAUUCUGGUUAGUCCCGACGUAUACAGCCUGGAAAAUUUCCUGGCAGCUGUAGAGAUGUCCAAACAACGAAAAUACGCUAGGGUGGCAGUGAGCGCGCAACAGCAUUCUCGCUCAAGCCUGUGAUUUUAUGAAAAGCCUCAAAGACUGGAUACUCUUCUGUGAUUCAAAUGCUAGUCAUUUAUUUUAGACAUUUACUGUGGUAACUGAAAAGAUAUUGACCUAGUAAUUUCGUAUUAUUGAUUAAGACGAAAAGGGAAUAACAAAGAGGCAACAAUUAUCGAUUAAAGAUGUAGCAUAUAAGGAUAUGGUUCUCCAGACUUAUCAGAAAGGCAAAGAUUCAAAUCUAAAUGGUAAUGAAAAUAAAGCAAUAUUUUGUGCUCUUUGUCGGCUUUUCACUUGGACCUUCUCAUACUACUCGUGGUUCCAAGUCAAAACUAAGUAUGUUAACCUUAUUUAGAAUGUAAUCAAUUCAAAGUAAUUUUUAAUGGUGCAAGAUUUGCUUUAGUAUUAAACGAAUAUAACAAAGCAAUC